GCAAGAGCCUAAAUCCUUUCUAUAUAUAUUCCAUAGCAUUUUCAUCCUCCACACUUCUUCAUAAUCCUUCUCUUCAAACCUUAAACACUUCCCAAUUCUGACUUACCUUCACUUUCCACUCACUUGAAAAGUAAUGGCAGAUGCAAUUCUCUCCGGCAUUGUUGUGGAAAUCAUUAAGAAGCUGGGUUCUCGAGUUCUUCAAGAGACUAGGCUCUGGUGGGGUGUCAAAGAGGAGCUUGAGAAACUCAGGAGGACAGUUUCAACCAUCCAAGCUGUGCUUCUUGAUGCAGAGCAGCAGUACUCGCAGAAGCAUCAAAUCAAAGAUUGGGUUGACUCGCUAAAAGAUGCUUUUUACGAUGCUGAUGACUUGCUAGAUGAGUUCUCCACAGAUGUUUUAGUGAAGCGGAUGAUGACUGGCAAUAAAAUGGUGAAGGAGGUACGCCUCUUCUUUUCAAGCUCAAACCCAUUUGUUUAUGGUCUUAAAAUGGCUCAUAAGAUUGGAAAAGUUAGAAGUAAAUUAGAUGAGACUGUUGCAAAUAGGAAGUUUCACUUAGAUGAGAUCACAGCUCCUAUGGUUGAGGAAAGAGAGCAAACUCACUCAUCUUUGCCUCUUGUAGUUGUUGGUAGAGAAGAUGAUAAGAAGAAAAUCAUUGAUUUUCUUCUGUCUUCUAGUUAUGGGGAGAAUGUGUCAAUCAUUUCCAUUGUUGGUGUUGGAGGAUUAGGAAAGACAACACUUGCUCAACUUGCAUACAAUGAUGUGAGGGUGAAAUCAUAUUUUGAGCUCAAAAUGUGGGUGUGUAUUUCUGAAAAUUUUGAUGUAAAAAUAGUUGUUGAAAAGAUUUUGGAGUCUCUUGAUGGUGAGAAGCCUAAAAAUCUUGAAUUGAAUACCUUGAAAGAUCUACUUUGGGAGAAAAUUAAUGAAGAAAAAUAUUUGCUUGUUUUGGAUGAUUUAUGGAAUGAGGAUUCCAAAAAAUGGUUUGACUUUAAAGAUUUGUUAGCCAGAGGUGCAUGUGGAAGUAAAAUAAUAGUGACUACGCGUCUUGAAAAUGUUGCAAAGAUGAUAAGAUCAGAUGAAACAAGUAAAUUACAAGGCCUAUGUGAUGCUAAGUCAUGGUUGUUGUUUAAAAAAAUGGCUUUCAAGCAAGAGCAAGUAACAAGCGCAAAGCAUGAGAAAAUUGGAAGAGAAAUUGUGACAAAAUGUGUUGGAGUCCCUUUAGCCAUUCGAGCAAUAGGAAGUUUAUUGUAUUAUAAAAAUGCAAUAAAUGAGUGGGAAUCGAUCAAAGAAAAAGAGCUUUUAUAUUUGAAUGAAGGGGAGAUUAACAUUAUGAAAACUCUUAGGUUGAGUUAUGAUCAUCUCCCUUCUCAUUUAAAGUGUUGUUUUGCCUAUUGUAGAUUAUUUCCAAAAGGUUCAAAAAUUGACAUAAGAUAUUUGGUGAAUCUUUGGAUGGCACAAGGAUUGAUUAAAUUAUCAGAUUCAAAACAAAGUUUCAGAGAUGUAGGCUUAAAAUAUUUCAAAGAUCUUUUAUGGAGGUCUUUCUUUCAGGAAGUAGAAGAAGAUAUGAGGGGUAAUUUAUUAAGAUGUAAAAUGCAUGAUUUGAUGUAUGAUCUUGUUGUGCAAGUAGCUAGAGAGGAUAUCAUUUUAUUAAAUUCGGAUGCAGAACUUGUUAAAGAAGGAACUCGACAUGUUUCAAUUGGUUUUAAAGUUGAGUCAUGGCAAAAAGUUGCAAGUUGCUUACCUGUUGUGACAAAGGUGCGAACAUUUACAUCAUUCAAUUGGUCAAAAAUGCAUGAUAUUAAAGAAGUAGAAUGUCAUGAAAUUUUUUUCAAAUUAAGUCGUGUAAGGUCAUUGAAUUUAUGUGGUUUGGGGAUUGAGAAAGUGCCACAUUCCAUUAAUAAAUUAAAGCACAUAAGAUAUCUCGAUCUUUCUGAAAAUAAAGGCAUUGAGUUCCUUCCUGAUUCCAUAAUUAAACUUCAAAACUUGCAAAUUCUAUACCUAGUCAACUGUGAAAGGCUUAAACAGUUGCCAAAGCGUAUCAAAAAGUUGGUCAAUCUCCAGCGACUUUUCCUUAGGGGAUGUGUUAGUUUGACUCAUAUGCCACAUGGGAUUGGUCAACUGACUUCUAUUGAGAAUUUAUCACUAUUCAUGGUAGACAAAGAUAACGGUGUCUCCAAACAUGGCGGUGCCCUUAGUGAAUUGAGUAACUUGAACAAUCUGAGAGAUAUGCUACGGAUCAUGAAUCUACGGUACGUGAAAAAUCCAACAUCUGAAUUUGAGGCAGCCAAUUUGAAAGAGAAGCAACACAUUCAAGCCUUGCGAUUAUCAUGGAAAUUGGGCCCUCCCUACGAUAAUGAUAGUGAUAGUGGUCCAGAUGAUGUUGAAAAAGAUGAAGAAAUGUCGUUAGAAGAGCUGCGGCCACACCUUAAUCUAAAAUCGUUGUUUGUGUUUGGGUGCGGAAGACUCAUGUUUCCAAGCUGGAUUUCUUCCCUCACUAAUUUAGUGAAUCUUCGAAUUGAUAACUGCAAAAAAUGCCAGCAUUUUCCACCGUUGGAUCAGUUCCCUUCACUUAAACAUUUGACGAUUGAGAAUUUAACUGAUCUGGAGUGCAUAGAGAGUGGGAUUAAUUGCGACAAUGCAUUAUUCUUCCCUUCCUUAGAGAAACUCUGGCUCAUAAAUUGCCCAAAUCUGAAAGGAUGGAGGAGGGAUACAUCCACGCCUCAGUUGCUACAAUUUCACUGUCUUUUUUAUUUGGAAAUCAGGUCUUGCCCUAACCUCACUUCAAUGCCUCUCAUUCCAUCUGUCGAAACAUUGGUAUUGGUAGAAACCAGCAAGAAGUCAUUGGAGGACAUACUGAAGAUGAAGAUUUCGGUGUCGCAAUCCACCUCUUCUUCGAUUUCCCUUUCUCCAUUGAAAAUUCUUUAUAUCGAGGGAAUUGAGGAUCUAGAAGUUCUGCCAGAGGAUUUGUGGCAUCUAACCUCCCUUGAGGGUCUUGUCAUCAAGGCUUGUGAGGAGCUCAAUUUAUCUGAUGAUGUGCAGUGGCAAUACCUUAGAAGCCUCCAGCGGCUUCAAUUUGCAAAUUUGAUCAAAUUGGCGUCACUACCAAAGGGACUUCAACAUGUUCCCACUCUGCGCAGACUCGUAAUCAAAAGUUGUCCUAAUUUGAUAUCUUUACCGGAGUGGAUAGGUAGCCUUACCGUGCAAUCUUUCGUGAUCAAAGAAUGUCCUCAACUAUCAGAAAGUUGCAAAAACAACAAGGGCGCUGAUUGGCCAAAGAUUGCUCACAUCCCAAAUAUUAGUAUUGACGGUAGAUGGAUUCAAGAGGAUGGCUGCUACAAACUAUGAUCAGAAGAAUCAGAUCGACUUCUCUUGGGGUUGACAGAUAUCUUGCAAUAUUCUCUCUUAAAUCUCAGAGCAGUUGUUCAGAGGUGUUGAACAAUUGAUAGGUGUACGGCUAAUGCUUCCAAACUUUAGGAUGGGGAUUCAUUGAGUAGCUUCAUAUAUGAAAUUUCGAUGAAGGGCAUUGUCUACGAGUUUUAACUUUUGAGUUGCCACUAUGAAGAAGUCCCAUAAUCCCUUGUAGUUUUAGCUUCUACACUUUGCAAGAGAAUUGGUUUUAUACACAUAAACUGACAAGCUGUGGAUGCCAGCCAAACUCACCUCAAAGAAGUUGUUCAUUGAUGUUGAUGUUGACAAUUGGAAAAAAAAUGACUAUCUCGAGUUUCUUCCAAACAAAUUUAAAGCAGUUGCCCCAAAUUGAAGCCUUUAUCUUGUGAAAUGUGAUAUGGAAGUUUUAACUGGAAGUGCCACUACAAAGAAAUCCAUACUAGAAUCUCAGAUUGUACAUUUUGCAAGAGAAUUUCAGCUAUGCCUGCCUCUAGCCUGGUUGAUAUUUUUAGUGUGAACCAUUGAUAGUCAGAGUUUUAUGGAAGCACUUUAGACUCCGAUGAAGUUUUGGGUUUCAAUGCUUUGAGAGCUUCAUAUCAUGGCCGCCGUUAUCUGAAAUUAAUAAACAGUUGUAGAUAUCCCUUUUGUAGCGCUGUGUUGAAAGUGUUUCUUUUAGUUUUGGGGUAUCAAUCUGAUCACUAAACGUUGACAGAGAAAGCAUUUUGACAAGAUUUGGAUGCUGGGGAACAUAAUAUUUUGAGCAAGUAAAUGUAAUCUUCUUGCUCAUUGUGAAUUUGAUGUCUUUACCUGAGUGUAUUGCUCAUCUCUGAUGUCUUUACUGAGGAUGAUUUUUGGACUGGAAUUUAUCAUUUUUCAAAUGAGAUGGACAGUAUCUAACUACUUCUGCAAGUCAAGACCUCUCAUGCAGUGGUGGAAAAAUCAUUGGUUCUGAAAACAGAAUGAGAUUCAACACUUGAUAUUUCUUCAAAUCUUAUUCCUUGCUUCCAGUUGUGUGAAUUGUUUGUACCUUUUGUUUGGUACUUAAGUUUGUUAAAGAUCAAUGCAGCGAAUGGAGGAACUUCAGCUACUGUUUAUCCUUUUAAAGUUAGUUUCAAGCUGUUCUGCAAAUAUUGUGAAUCAGUAGAUUGAAGCAUUUCCAUGUAAUUUUAAUUGAGCUAUGGAAUUUCAAAUAAGCAUUCUGCAACUAUUGUCUUCAAUUCCAAAGUUUGGAAAUUGAUAAUGGUUCUGCCUUGUUGAAAGAUGCAAGAGAAAAGCUAUUGUCAAUUGGCCUCUCUUAUGCAAGAAAGUGUUUGUUUUGUGUCUAUGGACCCAAUUGCAGUUUAGACUUUAAAGAAAACCUUGUGGGCACAGGAAUCAUGCAAAAUUACAUGAGCACCAUUAAUAAACAGAGUAUCAGAAAAAUUGCAACCAGGAGUAACUUUGUUUGGACUUCAACAUGUUCCCACUCUGUGCAGACUCACAAUGGACAGUUGCCCUAAUUUGAUGCCUUCACAGGAGUGGAUGGAAAGCCUACCCACAUUACAAGCUUUCUAGAUUGUAGAAUGUCCUCAACUGUCAUAAAGAUGCAAAAACAACAUGGGUGCUAAUUGGCCCAAGAUUGCUCACAUCCCAUAUAAUAGAAUUGAUGGAAGAUGGAUUCAGGAGGAUGGUUGUUACAAAAUUAUAAUCAGAAGAACCAGACUUUCCUUCGUUUGAUGAUGAUUCUGUCUUGUUGAAAGAAGCCAGAGAAACAAUUGUGGAUUUGCCUCUCAUGUGCCAGCAAGUGCUAUUUUAUUACUGACUGCAGCACGAAAAUUAAGGACUCAUUACCUAUUUAAUGGCAACUGAUCAUCUAACUUAUCUGCAAUAAUUGUUAAAGGCCUGAAGCAAACGUCUGAUUCUGAUUCAAGCAGAUUUAGGGGUCAUAAUCAAGAAAGGUUCAAUGAUGCUGACCAGUUGAGACUUCAUCAGUUGAUUAUAUAUAUGAACUUUGCAAUUUAAUAUUGCUCAAGAAAUGGAGUUCUAGGAACUGAAGAUUGCUGAGAAAUCAACUGUGAUCUCUGAAGGCACAAGUUAGUUCUAGGAACUGAAGAUUGCUGAGAAAUCAACUAUGAUCUCUUAAGGCAAAAGUAAGAACUAGCAAUCUGGGACACCCUGAAAGAAUUUCCUAAUUUUUUAAAUUUUAACUGAACAAUUAAUGGUUUUUUUUCCUCAAAAAUCAAUAUAUAUUAUAUAUAUGGGAUCUAGAAUUUCAGCAUAUUCAGUUGAAAUUCUGCUAGAAUUUCUGCAUAUAUAUGUUAACCUUACUUCACUUCAAUGCCUUAAUAUUUGGGAUUGUCCACAAAUAACAACCUUGUCUUCUGCUAUGCGGCAUGCAGUGGUGGAAAAAUCAUUGGUUAAACAAAAUAAGAUUCAACGCUUCAUAUUUCUUCAAAUCUAAGUUAUUCCUUCCAUCUAAUUGUGUGGUUAGUCUUAUUGCUGUUGUUUUUCUAUCAUUUUAUUGUGAUAUUUUCUUGUACAUGAACAAUGAAAUAUCAAAAAGCCCAUAGUUUUAACUUUCUUUAAUUUGUUUUCCGGGAAAAGAAAUUGACAAUCUGGAGUUUCUUCUAGAAAAUUUAAGGCAUUUGCCCCAAUUGAGGUCUAAUCUCUAGGCAUGUGAUAUUGAAGAUGCAUGUUCUGAGUGAGAUCCAGAGUGUUCGGGGACUUGAGGUUUUAUGUAGUUCAGACUUUAAAGGAAAACUUGCGGGCACAACAAUCGUGCACAACUACAUGGUGCUCAUCUCAGUUAUUUUCUCCAAAUAUGUUAAUUUGACAAAACUUAAUGAACGGAGUGAAAUCCAAUCUGGUGGACUGAUUUGCUUUUCCAGUAGGCACAUAAACAAUAUGAUCAUCAUUCGUGAGUUUCACAGAAGCAAUUUGGAAGUUGGGGAAAGGUGUCUUUUGGAUUUAGAAAAGUUCCGAGUUUCAAUUAAUCAAUUUAUUGUUACAAUACUUUUACGCUUGUGUGUGUUUAUGUGAUUUAUAAACUUCUUCUUCAUAUGAACUGAGGUUAUUGUGUUUUUCUUUGUGUGUGGUGAAAGAGAAGCACAUCCAUCGAUCAUAGCAAUUAUUGCAUACGCAAAUAGUUGUAAUUAAACCGGAAUAGUUGCAUAUGCACAUCCAUCUAUUGAAGAUUUGGAGUUAUCUUAUGCGAAUUUUUUUCUUUUUGACUCAUCUAAUUCUAUUUUGGUUGGAUCAGAUACAAAGAAUGCUGUUUCUUGGGUUCUUAAAGUAGAAUCCACUCCUUGGCGACUAUAAUAGGUGCUUAACUCCAAUGUUACCAGAAUUGAGUCCCUUCCACCUCUUACCUGUUGCUUCUCCCCACGAGAAUACAACUCAGUUGCAGAUUUGUUGGCCAAACAAGGUUCAUGGCGCAAUGAGGAUUUCAUUGCUUUCUUUUAAAUCCUGGUUUCAAAUUGUUGUAUGUAUUUGUGUAUUCAACAUGUUUCUUUUGUUUGUUUGCAGUUUUUCUCUUGAGACUUGAGCUGGUUUUUGGUCUGUUUGUUUCCUUUGGUUCUGGGAUUGUAAUUUUGUUCCCUCCAGGUUUUUUCACUUAGCAUGUAUCAUCUUAGGUUGGGUGUACUGGGUAGGUCUGAUGACCUGGGUUUAGUCGGAUAAUACAUGCUAAGUUUUUCCUGGAUUUAUUAAUAAAAUAAUUUUGCUUAUAAAAAAAAAGUGAAGUCUAGCAUUGGGGAGCAUGAAUCAAGCUUCCUCAACAUAAAUUUGGAUUGAA